AUGGAUUUUCAACAUAGAGCUUUCUCUUCUUGUAUGGGAGGGUUCUACGAAAGACUUAUACCACUGGUUAAAAGAUCAAUGAAGAAAACAAUAGGUAGACGGCUGUUGACGGUGGUUCAGCUUCAAACACUAGUAAAAGAAAUAGAAUCAGUAUUGAAUUCGAGGCCGCUUGUUUAUGUUGGGGAUGACAUCAACUCAAAUAUACCCCUUACCCCAGCAAAUUUCCUCACAAACAAUCCAAAAAAAAUUGGAAUACUAGAAACAGAAAUCGUUGCAGAUAGUGAUUAUCUGCCAGUUGAAAGCACUGAGGAAAAACUAAUCGAGCUAUGGAAAAACGGUCAAAGGUUAUUGGACAUAUUUUGGAAAGUGUGGAAACAUGAAUAUUUAUUGAGUUUAAGAGAACGAACUCAAACAGUUUUGAAAACAGGGCGAAUACAAGCCAAUUAUCAGCCAAAAACAGGUGACAUUGUAUUAAUUAAAGACGAUACGUCAAGAGGAAACUGGAAAUUCGGUAAAGUAACGCAAUUGAUCGACAGCCGAGACAAUAAAAUACGUUCAGCCGAAGUACUGACUCCAGCCGGUAACGAGACAGGGAGGCCACUUAACAUUCUUUACCCAUUGGAGGUCUCAGAAUAA